AUGAUAUCUGCCUCUCCAGCUAGCCCCAGAAUCGAUAGGUUUGAUCGAGCCUCACCUCUCACCCCUCUCGACAGCUUCUUUCCUCCGGAUCCAAGUGGCUUGUCGAUAUCUGGCCGCGGUGAGCGCCCGGCAACGCGACAUGAAACUGGCAACGGUGCCAUCAUACCGGCAACACCCACUGGACCGCGAGAAUACUUCUCCCAUUUCUCCAACCGCCCGAGCUUGAAUCUGGCCGCGGCAGACACCUCGAAUGUUGACAGUGGCCUGACAUCCCGAUUUGAGAAAGUGGACCUGAUCGGCUCAGGAGAGUUUUCCCAAGUCUACCGAGUAUCGCAUCCGCCAGAGAUAUCCCCCUAUCACCGGAUCUACUCUGUGUCAGCAAGUCGGCCGUCAUCGAGAGGGUCUUUACCUGAGAAAGCGUGGGCAGUCAAGAGAUCACGCUACCCAUACACGGGAGCUAGAGACCGUCAGAGAAAGAUCCAUGAAGUAGAUAUUCUCAAGGCGCUGGGUCAUUCAGACCACAUUGUGACAUUUGUCGACAGUUGGGAAGAGCAAGGUCACCUAUACAUUCAAACCGAAUUCUGUGAAGAGGGCACACUCGACAUCUUCCUGGCGCAAGUGGGUCUGAAAGCAAGACUAGACGAUUUUCGUAUCUGGAAGAUUCUCCUCGAACUAUCAUUGGGCUUGAAGCAUAUCCAUGAUUGUGGCAUUAUCCAUCUCGACCUCAAGCCGGCAAAUAUUCUGAUCACAUUCGAGGGAGUCCUGAAGAUUGCGGAUUUCGGCAUGGCAAGCAAAUGGCCCGCCAAGGCCGGUAUUGAAGGUGAAGGAGAUCGGGAAUACAUUGGGCCUGAGGUGUUGAUGGGCAGGUACGACAAGCCAGCCGACAUCUUUGCCCUGGGUCUCAUUAUGUUGGAAACUGCGGGGAAUGUUGAAUUACCUGAACAUGGCGUAUCAUGGCAAAAGUUGCGAAAUGGGGAUAUGAGCGACGUCCCCAGCUUGACCUGGAGUUCCGGAACCAGUGGCAUCUUGCGGGACUCAUCCGGAAAUCCGUUGUCCAUGGAAGGGUCUUUUGAGGGCAGUUCCGACCCCUAUCAACACGAUGCCGACGUGAUUGAUGGAGUCGAGAGUGGCAUGCAGACACAGCCUCCGCCGAAAGCUUUGCAUCAUCCACGGAGCGGUGAAUUGGUCGAUCCACCCCAAUUCAUGGUUGAUCCAUCGCAUGAACAGGCGCUGGAGCAAGUGGUACGGUGGAUGAUAUCGCCCGACCCGAAUGAUCGGCCCCUAGCCCGUGAUGUGCUGAACACGGAAGGAGUACGAUGGGCAGAAACACGUCGACGAGCGGGCGCCACGGUGUUUGAAGGCAAUUGGGGCCCUGCCGAUGAAGUUCUGACCGAAGAUGCAGAGAUGAUUGAUGUGUGA